GUCUGUUUGUGAAUGACGUAAUGAGCGUGAAACAAGAUGGCGUCGCCUCAAACAUAAAUUGAUGCCAAUGAGUUUAUCGGUGUAGAAGUGCUCCUCUCUUGGGGCUUCUGUUGUUUUGGGGUUGAGAGGACAUAUUCCGCGGUCAGUUAGCUGUGUGGUAGGCGUUGCCGAACGCCCACGGAGGACCUCGUGGACCUUGUUUGUUUUGUCCCUCCGUUGACAACCGGAGAGGAGAGCUGCUGACAGAUAGGAUGGACAGCGGGGAAUAUAUCUCCACCAUGGAGAACAUGGACCCGACUUUAGCGGAAUUAGGGGACGAAUUCACCUUGGGAGACAUUGACGAGAUGCUGCAGUUUGUCAGCAAUCAGGUGGGAGACUUCCCAGACUUGUUCGAGGAUCAGAUGAACUCAGCAGGCUCUCUACAGGGUGGUGGAGUCACCUCCACCCCUCGGCCUCAACCUCAAAUUGCUCAGACUCCCCAGACACCGCAGCCCUCAACCAAUGCUGCCUACCAGAGUUCCAACGCUUGCUUCACCUCCUCCCAGACACUGUCCCCACAUUCAGUACUCCUCACCCCUCCCCUCACUCCCGCACAAACCCCCUCCCCCCCAACCAACGCUUCAGUGCAGCAACAGGUGACCCGCAGCCCUCCACUCCUUCAGCCAAGGCCUCAGAUGGUCCAACCCAUCCAGCCUCAACCCCAACAGGCAGCCCAGACAACCAUCCAGAUGCACACCCAGGGCAUCCCCAUGCAGACUCAAAGCUUUCCAGUUCACACCCUGGUUCAGACCCACAGCCAAACACCCAUGCCCAUACAGACACAAGCAGCCCAGACAGUGAUGAUUGCCUCCAAUGGCGGACAGUCCCGCUUCAUUCAGAACCCUGUCAUUUGCCAGCAGAGCCCUGCUCCUGGCUUCCAAGUCCUCCAGCCACAAAUGCAAAGCAUCAUGACGUCACCUCAGCUUCAGCCAGUGGCCAUUCAGCACCAGCGUGUUCUGACCCCAACAGGUCAAACCAUCCAGACCAUCUCCACAGCGCCCACUGCAGUCCACACUGUGCAACAGCAGGUGCAACAAGUACCUGUUUUGGUCCAGCAGCCUCAGAUUCUUAAGACGGACUCACUGGUUCUCACAACUCUGAAACCAGAUGGGACACAGGUGCUGUCUACCAUGCAGAGUCCUGCAGGCAUCACCACCCUGACCACACCCAUCCAAAACACAGCUCUGCAAGUCCCGACACUUAUGAGCAGCAACAUCCUGACCACUGUCCCUGUUAUGAUGGGAGGAGGAGAUAAGCUGCCAAUCAAACAGAUACAGCCAGGCUCUUGUCAAAGCACAGCUAGGCCAAGCAUGGAUCAGUGCCAGGUGACAGCGGGAGGAGUCGGGCCAGGAGGGGUAGUGAAGGAGGGCGAGAGGAGGACAACUCACAACAUCAUUGAGAAGAGGUAUAGAUCCUCGAUCAACGACAAGAUCAUCGAGCUCAGAGAUCUGGUCAUGGGCAGUGAUGCAAAGAUGCAUAAGUCAGGAGUGCUUAGGAAGGCCAUUGACUACAUAAAGCACUUGCAACAGGUUAAUCACAAACUACGCCAGGAGAACCUGGCCCUUAAGAUGGGCAACCAGAAGAACAAGCCCGUGACGCUGUCUGAAGAUGUGGAGCUCAAAGAGGAAGUAGUGCUGAUGUCACCACCGGCCUCAGAUUCUGGUUCUGGUUCCCCUCACCAGUUCUCUCCUUACUGUGUUGAUUCAGAACCAGGGAGCCCUUUAUUGGAUCAUGAACAGAUAAAAAGCGAGCCGGACUCUCCCUCGGUUGGUGUGAUGGAUCGCUCUCGGCUGCUCCUCUGCGCCUUGACUUUCUUCUGCCUCUCCCUGAACCCUCUCCCAUCUUUACUGGGAUCGGAGACGUCGAGCAGCCCUGCCCUUGCCGGAGGCCACGGCCCAUCUAGAACGCUUGUCUGGUUUCCAAGUCACACGCAGGAAUUUGCAUCUUGGCUCCGUUGCCUGUUGCCGUGGGUGAUGGUGUGGGUGCUGAGUGGAGUGGGAGCAGUGUGGGGCUGUGUCAGGGUGCUGUACCUGUGGGAGCCAGUCACACCGCUUCACUCACCAAAAUCUGUGUCCUUCUGGAGGCACCGCAAACAAGCAGACCUGCAUCUCAACAGAGGAGAUUACACAGCAGCAGUGGCCAGUUUAGAGACUUGCCUCUCUGUUUUGACGAGAGCUCUUCCCUCAACCAAGCUGGACCUCGUCUGCUCACUCUCCUGGAACGUGAUUCGCUACUGCUUGCAUCGCCCAACUCCUCUGGGCUGGCUUGUCCACCAGGUCGGAGGGAAGCACGAAGGGGAGGAGGCGAGGACCAGCGCGAGGGACGCGGCACUUGUGUACCACCAGCUCAGCCAGUUGCAACUCACGGGAAAGCUACCUCAGCGUAGCAGCCUGUGGGCUCUGUCGCUCUCUCUAAGCGCUGUGAACCUCAGCGUGAGCGCCCAAGGCAAGAUGGCCCCCACACAGCUCGCCCAGAUUUAUGUCACUGCCGCAAUAGCCUUGCGCACUGCGCUGGGCCACCAUCUCUCCUGUCUCCCUGGUUACCUGCUGGGCUGUGCUGACAGUGUGGCCAACCAAUCAGAAACCAAGACGAUCCCCGACUGCCUGCGCUGGCUCUUCACUCCACUUGGGAGGCAGUUCUUCCUGAGCUGUGAUUGGUCAGUGAAGUCAGAAAACGGCGAUGGGGUGUACACUUCUCAGAGAGACCCAGCUGACCCCAUUGCCCAGCUGCACCGCUCUUUCUGCAGGAAGCUUUUGGAGAGAGCCGUUCACACCCUCAUCCAGCCGCAGAGCGACUCUGAAGCAGAAAAACGCAAGAACGAGUCUGGAGAGUUUUCCAGCGCCCUGGAGUUCCUGCAGCUGUUGAACAGCUGCACAGAGGACUCUCCUUCCCCACCUCCCCCUUUCUCGACUCCUCCCAGUCACAGCACUAUUCCAGUGGGGGACCCAGUGAGUCGCUGGUGGGCUGUGGUCCUGAAGGCUGCAGUGUACUGGCUGCAGGGCGAUGAUGUCGCAGUGAAGUCACUUUUGGCAGAAGCUGAGCGAAUGCCGAGAGCUCUGCACAUUCUUGACCAUCCUCUGCCCAAGGCUGUGCUGCUUCUCUGCAAGGCUGUACAGAUGAGCCUGUCCCCUCUGAAGGGAGAAGGGGCAAUAGCCUGCCUUUCUUACUGUGACAGAGGCAGCAGCUACCUGUGCUCCAGCAUCUCAGUGCCGCUCGCCCAGUCUGGGAACUGGCUGAACAAGGGGGUUGAGCUACUGGUUUGUGACCUCCUGUUGACUUUGAGGACCAGUUUAUGGCAGCGGGGAAGCAGCAGUAAUGGAGAACCUGGCCCGGCUCCUGGAUCUCAGUUGGCUGGUUUCCAGAGGGACCUCAGCGCACUCAGAAAACUCACACAGUGCUACAGACAGGGACAACACAAGGUCGGGCUUUGGGGAGAUUAAUUCAGAUAUGUUAAUAAUAGUGCUGAUAGCUGAAAUAUGCGAAGGAUCAUAAAGACAGAACUCUCUAUGUUCAGGCCUCAAUGAGAGGAAGAAGUGAAAGAGAUUCGUCAUUCUGAAUUUCUUAGGCUGGCAGUUUGGCACCGCAGGAAAUGGUUUUUGGCAUAUUUUAUGUUUUUUUUG